CUCUGUGGACUUCAAACUGUCCUUCAGCAAUGUGCACAGAAAUCACUUUCAUUCAGUUGGAGCAUUGGUAGAAGUUUAUCUUAAAGUGUAGACUUAAUUCUAAAAUUCCAACAAUGUUACUUCUCCAUGUUAUCUUUCCAGUCAUUUUGAUACUAUUGAAUAGUACACCUACUGCACAGACUUCAGAAACUCUAUCUUCAAAUGUCGACAUCAAGGACAAUUCAACAUCAGAAAAUUGCAAAAAUAUUCGUGACUAUGAACCAUGUUCGAAGAACACUUGUCCAGACUAUAUGCCUUGCUACUGUAAGGACAAGAAAGAAUAUUGCCGGUGUUCAAACUUUAAAGGUCCCUUGGGGGAUUACUGGAAUUUGGGACCCAAAUGUAAACAGCAAUGGAAUACCCUGGACCUGAUUCUCAUAGCUGUAAUUCCUGGUGUAUGUCUUGUUGCAAUUGUUGCUGUCUGUAUGCAAUGCGUCUACAGCUGUGAGAAACUGAACUACCUUGCAAAAGCUGAAAAAAGAGAAGAAGUAAUUGAAAAGAGAAAAACCCGUAUGCGUCCUGUGGUAAUCAGCAAUUACCAGAACGAAGGUUUUCUGACUGAUGACAAAGACUACCAAGUUCUGAGUAGUAAAAACCAAAAUGCGGCUUAUCCUCCAAGAAUUCCAAAGAUCAAUACAGCUUACCUGGGCCAGGAAGAACAACAUCAUGAAUCCCAAAUGAUGUACAUUCCUAAAGCUAAUACCAGUUACCAUCAGCCUGAAUUGAAUAUCAGCAGAGAGAAUUUUUCACCUCUUAUGGGCCAUGCAAGUUCUUCACACAAUGAAAGUCAACAUGCCAUUUCCCAAUACAAUCCAAUAAAUGAAUUUCCUGAGAGGGACGAUGGGAUACCUCCACCACUAGCCAUUAAAAGGCCUGAGGCAAAGGGGAUUCAAGUUUUGCCUCCAAUAGGACCCAGACCAAGUUUCCAAAGAGGACAAUUACCAAGUUAUCAGCAAUUUCUCAACCCUGUUGGAUAUGGAAGGCCUCAAUAUUAAGGAGCAAAGAUACAAUUAUCAAAGGAAUCUGACCUCUUUUAAGCAUGAAUAAUGAACACUUGCUCCGUUAGCAAAUUAAUUGGUUAGCAAACCAAUUCAACUAAAAAAUCAAUACAUAAAUGAUCGAUUAAUAAAUAUGACAGUUGUUAAAGGAAGUGUGAUACUGGAGAGCUUGAGCCUGACCUCUCCAAUGAAGUCAAUAGUGAAUAAAAGUUUUUUGCAUGACCUGCUUUAUGCUCAGAUCAUGCUUUUAUAUUACUUAGAUUAGACUACUUACAGUGUGGAAACAGGCCCUUCGGCCCAACAAGUCCACACCGACCCGCCGAAGCGUAACCC